CUUCUGCCUUCUCGAGAAUUCUACAGAUUGUGUUCCUUGUGCUCUCAAUUGCAUUUUCGAUUUCAAUUUCAAUUUCAAUCACAUCUGGUGGAUUAUCUGAAACUUUUUUUCGCUGAUAAUGCCAAACAGAUUGACUAAGGAAGAGCUCCGGUUGAAAGAUCCCAAGUAUAGAACUUGGGGGCCUUAUCUCGGAGAACGUCAAUGGGCCACUGUGAGAGAAGAUUACUCGCAUGAUGGAGACGCCUGGUCGGAUUUCCCAUUCGACCACUCGAAACUGAGAGCAUACCGUUGGGGAGAAGACGGUUUGGCUGGGGUCUGUGACGAUAGACAGUUGGUUUGUACGUCCAUGGCACUCUGGAACGGCCAUGAUGAUAUUCUCAAAGAAAAGGCUUUUGGUGUCACCAACUCGCAAGGGAACCACGGUGAAGAUGUCAAGGAAUUGUACUGGUAUCUUGACAAUACGCCUUCUCACUCAUACAUGAAAUAUUUGUAUAAGUACCCACAAGGAAAGUUUCCUUACAAGCAAUUGGUAGAUGAAAAUGGAAAAAGAUCACGUUUGGAAGACGAGUACGAGAUCACUGAUACGGACGCUUUUAAGGAUAACAAGUAUUUCGAUGUAGUUUUUGAGAUGGCCAAAGGUGACGAUGAUCCUGAAGAGUUAUUCUUCCGAAUUACUGCCUACAAUCGAGGCCCUGAGACGGCUCCGUUGCACCUCAUCCCCCAUUUAGUGUUAAGAAACACCUGGGCCUGGGGAACAGACGAAUCGCACUUGGCAAAGCCCAUUUUGCGUAAAGUCGACGAUUUCACGAUUGAAGUAGAUCAUGCAAAGUUUGGCAAGAGGUAUUUGGUUUUUGCACCAGCACCAGGGUACUUUGACCAUUCUCCUGAUGUCGAACCACAGUUGCUCUUCACGGAAAACGAGACCAACACCAAGCGUUUAUACAACCAGCCUAACAAACACGCAUAUGUAAAGGAUGCAUUCCACGACUACAUCAUUGGCCAGGAUAAAAGUGUGGUCAAUCCUGAAGAGUUUGGAACAAAAGCUUGUGCUCUCUUCUCGUUUGAAGAAAAUGGCGGUGUUCCUCCUGGAGACUACGUUACCAUCCGGUAUCAGUUGACUCGUAACUUGGAAGAUAUCGAUGAGUACGAGUUGGACCAAGUGUUUUCCAGACGUCAGGAUGAGGCUGAUGCCUUCUAUUGGAAGGUUUCCCCUAUGCCACUUAGUGACGAGUUGAGACAGGUUCAGAGACAAGCAUUUGCGGGAUUGUUAUGGACAAAGCAAUACUACCACUUUGUUCAUAAUUAUUGGUCGAGGGGUGAUCCAAAUACACCUAAGCCUCCUAUCAACAGAGCAAACGGUAGGAACAAGGACUGGACUCAUUUGUACAUCGAUGAUGUCUUGUCCUUGCCGGACAAAUGGGAAUAUCCAUUCUUUGCAGCAUGGGACACGGCUUUCCACUGCAUUCCAUUUGCCAUGAUAGACCCUGGCUAUGCUAAGGGCCAGAUUGACUUGUUGUUGAGAGAAUGGUACAUGCAUCCAAACGGACAGGUUCCAGCAUAUGAAUGGAAUUUCUCUGAUGUUAAUCCCCCUGUUCACGCCUGGUCCGCUUAUAGAAUCUACAAAAUCGAACGUAAGAUGUAUGGUGUGGAAGACAUUGACUUCUUGGAGAAGGUGUUCCACAAGUUGAUGUUGAACUUCUCAUGGUGGGUUAACCGUAAAGAUGCUGAUGGUAACAAUGUUUUUGCGGGAGGUUUCUUGGGAUUAGAUAACAUUGGUGUUUUCAACCGUUCGGAAGACUUGCCCACAGGAGGCAGUUUGGAGCAGGCUGAUUCUACCGGCUGGAUGGCUUUUUUCUCAUUACAGAUGUUGAAUAUUGCGUUGGAAUUGGCUAAAACUAGACCUGUUUACCAGAAUAUUGCUUCCAAGUUCUUUGAGCACUUUAUCCUCAUUGCUGAUGCCAUGUCCCACCGUGAAGAAGGAGGCAUUUCGGCAGCGUUGUGGGACGAGAAGGACUUGUUCUACUAUGAUGCCAUUCGCCACAGUGACAACAGUGUCCAGUCGUUACCUGUAAGAUCUUUGGUAGGUUUGAUUCCUCUCUAUGCUUCUUUGACUUUAGAACCAGAGUUGUUGGACAAGUUCCCAGACUUCAAAAAGCGACUUGAGUGGUUCUCAAACAAGAGGAGAGCCAUAGCUGAGCGUAAUAUCGCUUCUAUGGAUACACGUGGUGUAGGCGAGAGGUUGUUGCUAGCAUUGGUGGAUAAGGAUAGAUUGAUCGCCAUCUUGGACCGGAUGUUGAACGAAGAUGAGUUCUUGUCUCCUUAUGGAAUCAGAUCUUUAUCCAAAUAUCACAAAGACCAUCCGUUCGAAAUGGACGUGAAUGGCCAAAAAUAUGUAGUAGAGUAUCUCCCGGGAGAAUCUGACUCGGGUAUGUUUGGUGGUAACUCUAACUGGAGAGGCCCCAUCUGGUUCCCUACAAACUUCUUGUUGGUAGAAGCAUUGCAGCGUUUCUACUUGUACUACGGCCCCGACUUGAAGGUAGAGUGUCCUAAGGGAUCGGGUGACUACUUGAACUUGGCCCAAUGUGCUCAAGAAAUCCAGCACAGAUUGAUGCACUUGUUCCUUCCAGAUGAAAAUGGAAACAGAGCCUGUAAUGGUACCAACAAGUUGCUUAACCAGGAUCCUCUUUUUAAGGACUAUGUUCCAUUUUUCGAAUAUUUCGAUGCUGAUACCGGAAGAGGGUUAGGAGCCUCGCACCAGUGUGGCUGGACAGCUGUCGUAGCCAAGUGGAUCCAUGACAACGGUGUAUCUUGUAGAAUUCCAAAGACACCCAAGACUCCAAACAACAGAAGAUCAUCUGUCUUCUUACACGACAGUGAACGUCUCGUGGCUGGAGAUGAUGUGCAACAAUUCUAUCCUAAGUCUGGUCCUUUCCCAGGAAACUUGAUGAGAAGAAAGUCAGGAAAGUCGUUGUUGAACUUGACAGUUCAUGCUUUGGAUUUGGAUGAAGAAGAACAAGAAAAUCAGUCCAAACUCAGUGCUGCCAGGAAAUUGCCUACUAAUGGCUUUGGCUUAGCUACGAAUGAUGCCUUCCAAGAGGAAUUAAGUGAACUUGGUCCCACAUUAUCUACUACUUCUUUCGAUUCAAACCAUGCUCCUGUAGAUGCUGACUUGUUGGACCAGAUCAAAGAUGCCUUCUCUAGAUAUAAGUUGAAGGACGACGACGAUGUCUCUGGUGACGAAUUCGAAUGUAAGAACUUUUAGUGUGGCUGCCGAAGAUCCGUUUCUAUUUUUCAUCUCUAUUAUAUCGUUAGUUAGUAAUCACAGGUUCAUCC